CCGUAGGCGACACCACGUUGCUAUUGCGUGCGGUUAGCUUGUAGCGGGAAGGCGAAUAAAAUAGACAGAUAAACUGAGUUACUGUGCGGUCAGUAUAGCGGGUCGGCAGUGGGGGAGCUACGAGGCGCUGGGCGCUUGAUAGUUAUUAUAAAACCGCUUUGUAAUUACUGUCCGAGUCUGAACUGACCUGUUUACCCGAUGCUAAAAGGCUAACCGGUGUCAGUCGCGUAGUGAGGCUGCUGCUCUGAGAGAAGGAAGCGGUUCACCUGUACAGGGGUAGUUCACCUGUACAGGGGUAGUUCAUCUGUAGUAGGGUAAGUUAUUUGUUCUGGGGUAGUUUAUCCAUAGAGAGGUGGUUUACCUGUAGUAGGGUGGCUAGGUUAUUUGUUCGGGGGUAGUUUGUCUGUAGAGGGUACGUCAUUUGUACUUGGGUAGUACAGUUAGUUAAGGCUAGUCCCAGUUUGUUAUUACUAGCCUAACAACCAGGAUGAAGUGCCACUACGAGGUGCUCGGAGUCCAGAGGGACGCGACGGACGACGAUCUGAAAAAAGCCUACAGGAAACUGGCCCUGAAAUGGCACCCAGAUAAGAACCUGGAGAAUGCAGAAGAAGCUGCAGAGCAAUUCAAACUGAUUCAGGCAGCUUAUGAUGUACUUAGUGACCCACAAGAGAGAGCCUGGUACGAUAACCACCGGGAGGCGUUGCUGAAAGGCGGAGUCAGUGGAGAGUACCAGGAUGAUAGUAUUGAUCUUCUGCAGUACUUCACUGUGACCUGUUACUCGGGUUACGGAGAUGACGAGCAGGGCUUCUACACAGUGUACAGGAACCUGUUUGAGUCCAUUGCAAAGGAAGAAUUGGAGCACAGUAAAGAUGAAGAUGAAGAGUGUGAAGACUUCCCCACGUUUGGAGACUCUCAGAGUGACUAUGAUACGGUUGUGCACCUGUUCUACGGCUGUUGGCAGAGUUUCUGCACGAGGAAAAAUUUUGCAUGGAAGGAAGAGUAUGACACACGGCAGGCCUCAAACCGCUGGGAGAAGAGAGCCAUGGAGAAGGAAAACAAAAAGACCCGGGAAAAGGCCAGAAAAGAGCGCAGUGAGCUGGUGCGCCAGCUAGUGGCAUUUGUGCGCAAACGUGACAAACGUGUGCAGGCGCACAAGAAGCUGGUGGAGGAGCAGAAUGCAGAAAAAGCCAAAAAGGUGGAGGAGUUAAGGAGGAAACAGAAACUGGAGCAGGCCAGACUGGCAGAGGAUUAUAAGGAGCAGAGUUGGGCAGCCAUGUCUGAACUGGAGAAGGAGCUGCAGCAGAUGGAGGCUCAGUAUGGGCGGCAGUUUGGAGACGCUUCAGACACUGAAGAGGAGCUCGAUGACAUGCAGGAUAGAGUGGACGCAGGUGGGGAGGAUGCUGUGGAUGGUGCUGAUGAGAUAGAGGAGUUUUAUGAUGACCUUUACUGUCCUGCCUGUGACAAAUCCUUCAAAUCGGACAAAGCCAUGAAGAACCACGAGAAGUCAAAGAAGCACAGGGAGAUGGUGGCGUUGCUCCGGCAACAGCUAGAGGAGGAAGAGGAGUCUCUGAGUCUGACUACAGCAGACAGAGAUGGAGAAGAAGGGGAGGCUGAGGAGGAAGAUGAAGAGGAAGAGGAGGAGAGGGAUGAUGCACCUAGACAGAAGUUGUCCAAAAAACAAAAGAAAAAAAAGCGACAGCAGAAAACCAUGAAUAAUGUUCCAGAAGAGCCAAAGCCUGAGAGUCCAGUUCCAGACUCCACGGAGGGCAUCAGUCCACCAGCCCAAAAGGGCAGUGAUGAUGACGUACCACCCUCUGAAGACCCCACAGAGGAGAUGAAAAAGGACGGACCUGAACCCAACAAAAGGUCACCUAUGUUCAAAAUUCCAGACUGUUCACUUCAUCACUGUUCAGGUGUCGUCUUUGUCCAUUGUUCUCACUUAACUGUCUUUUUCAGUUCUGGGAAGCCGAAAGUCAAAAAAGGUGGAAAAGAUUCCAAAAAGAACAACAAACCUCAGGGAGGUGGGGAAGUAAGCCAAGAGAAGGAGCCAAACCUGCGCUGCGUGACUUGCCAGUAUGAAUUCAGCUCCAGAAAUAAACUGUUUGACCACCUGAAGAACACAGGCCACGCCACCGCCCUGCAGUCCAGCAUGGCAGCAAACACAGCGAAGAGCAAGAGAGAGAAGAGGAAAAACAGAUGACCACAGCAGUGACCGGCAGAGUUAUUACUAUUAGUAAUACUAAUAAAGACUGAAGCACGGGAGGGGUUUAUACAGAACCCGCUUGGUCAGUGCUGUGAAAGCAUCUAUCUGUGGACUGUUUUGCCAUUCUGAGUUAAUCUGAGUGAGUGUGUGCGUAAACAGGUAUGCAGUUUCUCCAUAUUCACAGUGGACGCUGGGAAACCCACAGCAUGCUCAUGCUACUACGAGUUGUUUUCAGGAAUCGCCGAACAUGUCCAGAAAAAAAUCAAUCUACUACUCCACCAAAUGCACUGUUUGUUCUCUCUGUGAGAGCUUCCUGUUGUGAAUGUGGAGUGCACUAUGUAUUUCAUCCUUCUCUUCCUGUAGGAGAAGUGGAGAAUAAAUUUGUCUUCGCUGCUGCU